AAUCAUGAAAUCCCGAUUAUCCGAAGGCGUUUUAAGGAUUUCUAUCAAUAUUAUUUAGUUAAAAUUUGUUAACUUUCAACUAGGCCUAGAUCUAAAACAAUAUGUUGCUUUCAAUAUGAAUAUAGUUCUAGACCUAAUUUAGAGUCUAGAUGUAGAAGAUAAGAAUUGAUCUGUUUGCUUUUAAAGAACAUGGUAAAGGACUGCCAAAAUUAAAGAAUCCAUUACUACCACAUCAAUGCCUAUACGUGGACCUUGCCCCCAUGCUGUUGGUGAUAUUCCAUGGAAAUGGUUCUCAGAUAAAAAAUGGAGAGAAAAAACUUUCAGAAACCAGUUGAACCACGCAAAAUUAGCAGAAGAUGGCUUUUUAUAUAUUGAAAGUGAAAACACUAUCAUGUGCUAUUAUUGCAACUUGUGCGUGAGUCCCUCUGAUAGUGUUGAACAAGUUCAUCGUCUCAAGUCACCAGAGUGUACUGGUCUAAGUACAUCACUGGCCAGAGAGAGCUCUCCACAAGCACAGAGAAUUCCUCCAACAUCAUCAGCAGCAGCAGCAUCAAAUGAAAGGCCAUCACAGCCAAGGUCCACAACAGAUUCAUCUACAAGUCAAAUUGUGCCUCCAACACUAGUCUCCGAUGAUGUUGACUCAUAUCAUUAUGCUGUUAGUCGGCCACAUCCCUCUGUUAUUGAGCCCCAUUGUCCUCAUCAACCCAUUAAUCAGCCUGAGACCUCAGUUAAUCAGCCCCUCCCGCAAAUUAGCCAGCUUAAUCCUCCAGUAAAUCAACCCCAUUCUCCAGUCAAUGAACUCCUAACCUCUGUUAGUCCACCUCUUCCUCCAGUAAAUCCUCCUCCUCCUCCAGUGAAUCCACCCCUUCCUCAAGUGAAUCCACCCCUUCCUCAAGUGAAUCCACCCCUUCCUCCAGUAAAUCCUCCUCCUCCUCCAGUGAAUCCACCCCUUCCUCCAGUAAAUCCACCUCUUCCUCCCGUUAGUGAACUCGUUACAUCUGUUAGUCCACCCCUUCUUCCAGUGAAUCCACCCCUUCCUCCAAUUAGUGAACUCAUUACAUCUGUUAGUCCAGUUAAUCCACCCCUGCCUCCUGUUAAUCAGUCUGAGCCUCACAGAGAAUCACCAUUAACAGGAAAUGAAAACAAUCACCUUUUUCCAGAAAACAACCAAAGAAGGGAUCAGAGGCCACCAAAUUAUACAGAGCUUGGCAUUAUCACAGAGCGGCCCAAGCGAAAUGAAUAUGCCUUAACAGUUGAGCGUCUUAGAUCAUUUGAUAACUGGCCACGAGACCACCAUAUCAAAGUAAAUGACCUUGUUGAGGCAGGUUUUUAUUAUGCUGGGUUUGGUGACUGUGCUCGAUGCUUUUAUUGUGGUGGUGGACUCAGAAACUGGGAUGACCAGGAUGAUGUCUUUGUUGAGCAUGCAAGAUGGUUUCCCAAGUGUGGCUUCAUUCGUCAGUUAAUGGGUCAAGUGUUUGUGGAUACAGUUCAAGAAUUAAUGAAAACUGAAAGAGUGAUAUCAUAUGCUAUGGUUGCUGAGAAAAUAAAAAGAGCGCCUUCAAAUUUCCCAGAAAAAUCUGAGACUUCCCAAAAUGCAGCUGUGAAAGCAGUCAUUGAACAAGGCUAUGAUAAGAAUGUUGUCCUGGAGGCAGCCAAGCACUUAAAAGAAAACAAAAAAACAAUAUCAGCAGACCAGAUUAUUGACUAUUUAUUAGAAAGAAACAUUGAUGUUUCACUUACAAGCAGCGACAGAUAUCCAUCAGAUUUUGUAGAAACUUGUAUACAAAACCUGGAUGAGGUAAAAAAGGUAAACUCUGAUCUCAGGCAGCAGACUGUAUGCAAAAUAUGCAUGGACAAAGAAGUGGCCCUUGUAUUCCUUCCAUGUGGACAUUUUGUGUGUUGUGUCGAGUGUAGCCAGCCUUUAAAGAACUGUCCACUCUGUAGGAGCCUUAUUAAGGGAAGUGUCAGAGCUUUUCUAAGUUAAAUGAAAAUAAGAAGAAAUGGUGAGUGUCAAAUGGAAACUCAAUUGGAAAGCUGAAGAAACACGAAAAUCAAAUGAAACAAAACAGGAAAUGUUGCAUGGCAGCAGGAUGUGAAAAGAAUUAGACAGAUGAAUGUGUAGAUGCUUGUGUUUAAUUAGAUGAAUGUCCUUUUGCAUUGUUGCUUAGAAAAUAAAUAUUGACUACAAUAUUAAGUAUUAGGAAGAAAGUGUAUGUGUUGAUCUCAUUUUGUUGUUUCACUAGCAAAUUUUUUGUUGAAGAUCUGUAGGCUCUUUUUAGUCUAUGCCAAGGACAAAGUAGUGUGCUGAUUUUUUCAGCUGUUUCACACUGCCAUACAGUCUUCGCUGGUUUUUUUUGAAAGUGCAUGUCUAUGGUGGUUCCUGAUGGUUCAAUUGCUUGUUUUGAUUUGGUCUAGCAGGGCAUUAUUUGUAACAUUGUGAAUUUUUAUAUAUGAAAUGUUAAUAUAGUAAUGAAUAAACAUUUCAGCUUGCAUUGCUAUAAAGUAGAAUAUAAAAGAAACACUAGAUUUACACCUUGUUCUGUAUAGUUAAAUCACAUAUUCUGGUUAACUGUAAUUAAUACUCAAGAAUAACUCAACUGGUCUAUAACAUUUUUAGAAAAACCUAAACAAUGUAAAAAAAAAAUGCUGCUAAAGAAAAUAUAGAAGCAUUCUCAUUUAACACAAGCAGCUUAAUUAAGCAUAGUGGACAAUAGUCUAUAGACCACUCUUUACUAUACUUGACUAGAUUAAAAUAUUAAAAAUAGCCACUUAUUAUCUGUUUACUUCUUGAUUUUACUGGACAAGAUGUCCAAAAAGUCUUUUUUUUUUUUAAAUCAAAGUUUUAUGGGAGUUUUUUAGGAUUAAAGAAAUAGUUUGAAGUCCAACAAACUCAAAUGGUUAACUUAACAUUUGUUAAGACAAAGUAACUGAUGACACUAGAUCUACUUAUUUUGCCCUGUGAAGACUAUUACUAAAAAAAAUGGCAAAUCAUUCAUUAAUAGAAAUUGGAAUUUUGUAUAUUUCAACUUUUUAAUUUAAGACUAAUGACAUGUAUGUUUAAAUGUAUGUACACAUUACAAUGUUUUUACACAUUUUAUGUACAAACUUGUUUCAAUAAAAAUAAAACAACACAAUAUCUGUUCAACUUGUAUAUUUUUAAUUUAUUAAAGUAAUGAAAGUAUCUUUUUAGGGGAGGCUGCAGAAGCUAAUUAUAUAUUUAAACAACUGUGUAAUUUUGCUUCUGUUAUAAAGAUUUUUAUACAAUUCAUUCAUUCAUACUUCCAUUUUAUACAAACUAAAAAUAUUACUUUGAACUAUUUUUUAUAAUAUUCUGGUAUGUGACAAAAAAACUUGUAGAAGUAGUAGGAUUUGUUUAAGCUCACAUCCUAUUGUGAAGCAGUCUGUCUUAGUAUAUCCUCAUUAAAACCUAGUUAACUGAUGACCACAAAAACAAAAGAAAUUUUCAUCCCAUAGUCAUCUAAAGCACAUAAGCAUAUGAUAUUGCAGUGAAUGCACCAAGCAUCAAGAAAUUAACCACAUCAUACUCAUAAAUAAAUAUAUAACUAACAAUCCAGUUAUUAACAAAAUCUUUUGUAUUUUUUAUUUCAUUAUUACAUGAGUUUCAUAUCAAAAGGGCCAUCACUCUCUUAGUUCUCAGUUUUAGAUUGCAUUGCAGAACUGAAUUCAUUGAAGUUGAGUAAGUUUCAACACCCAAGUCUUCAAAGCCUGUAAACAAAAACAAUAUAAAUCAAAGCUUAUAAUUUAAUUCAACAAAAACCUAAUAAGAAUGUGGUAACUGAAAGAAGAAAGGAUAUGUCACAAACUGAAAAUACAUUUGCAAGACAAACUCAAUCUAAUAGAGAUUUAUAUCUAGAUCUAUAUGAGCAGACCCAAGGUACUUCAAGAAUUUUUUGUUAUU